AAGAAGCUCUCUACUCUGAGGACUUGAUGACGACCAUGGCUUCUUUUAUUUAUUCAUGGCGCUUCACCUUCAUGUUCAUGGCAAUCAUGGUUAGAACAGUAUUUGCAAUGCCCAUUUACAGACCAAGUCCUUGGGCACAAGCCUAUGCUACGUUUUAUGGUGACGAAACUGCGUCUGAGACCAUGGGAGGUGCUUGUGGGUUUGGAAACUUGAUUACCAAUGGUUAUGGAACAGAUACAGCAGCAUUGAGCUCCACGUUAUUCAACAAUGGAUUUGCCUGUGGAACUUGUUACCAGAUAAGAUGUACUCGUGCCAAACAAUGCUACAACACUUUCACCACCGUCACCGCCACCAAUCUCUGCCCACCGAAUUGGUCCAAGGACUCCAAUGCCGGUGGCUGGUGCAACCCACCUAGGGUUCACUUUGACAUGUCCAAACCUGCUUUCAUGAAGAUUGCUGAUUGGAAGGCUGGCAUUGUACCUGUUUACUACCGCAGAGUACCAUGCAUAAGGAAUGGAGGGGUGAGAUUCUCAUUCCAAGGAAAUGGGUAUUGGCUGUUGGUUUAUGUGAUGAAUAUUGGAGGAGGAGGUGAUAUUGCAAGCAUGUGGGUCAAAGGGAGCAAAACAGGAUGGAUAAGCAUGAGCCACAACUGGGGAGCUUCAUACCAAGCAUUUGCAACACUAGGUGGCCAAUCUCUUUCUUUCAAGAUGACUUCCUAUACAUCCAAAGAGACUAUCAUAGCUUGGGAUGCUGCUCCUCCAAAUUGGCAAGUAGGAUUGACUUACAAGGCAAAUAUCAAUUUCCAUUGAUAUUUAAAUUAAAAACAAUUUUAAUAUUACUCUUCUUUAACGUCUUCUUUUCUUUUCAAGCUUUGAGGCAGUAAGGCCCUCUUACCUUUGAUUUUUGUUUGACAGCAAUUUGCUUGUUUUAUAAACCAUCUUAAUCACCUAAUAUGUACUUUUGAUCAC